UUUCGUCAUUCAACUUGUCUUUGAUGGAUUCGUUCGGCGCGACGGCCGAGUCACUCGCGCUCGAUCUCUUCUCUCAUUCCCAGGUCUGGGUCACCGGCGUCACUGCCGCCACGCUCGUCUAUCGCAGAGAUGUCGAAACGGGCGUCUUUGUCGCCGGCGCGCUGUCCUGCGCAAUCCUUGGCCGAUUCCUCAAAAACUACUUCAAGCAAUCCAGACCGCACGUCUCGCCCAAGGCGCACGAUUACGGAAUGCCAAGCUCGCACGCCAUGACGAUCGCCUUCUUUGGCACACAUCUCGCGCUGACCGCUGGACUGCGCAUGGGUCCGUAUCCGCAGCCCGUGGCGUUGCACUUUGCUGGUGUCCGAGCAGCGACAGUGGUCAUGCCAAUCCAGCGCGUCGUGCAUGAAGUCUCCACCCUGCUGAGCGAUCGCGCCGCGCAUUCGGCCCCAGCCGCGACCGCUGCUGCUUCGCACUCGUCGUCCGCUCAAGGCAUUGCUGCGGAUGUGCACAAGUCCGUCAUGACGGCAGCCCGCACCGCCAUGCCAAUCGAGCAUCGCGGAUUUGAGCGCGUCUACGCCACUCAAGCGCUUGUUCUCGGUCUUUCGUCCGCCAUUGCUUGGUCGCGAGUUCGCUUGCGCUAUCACACGACCGCACAAGUGCUUGCAGGCGUUGGUGUUGGUGUUGGGUAUGCGCUCUUGUGGUUCCGGCUGUCGCACACCUUUAUCAUUCCGUUUGUUGCCAAUCUGCUUUCGCAGUAAGGAAAAACGGUGGCGGGGGAAGGUUUCGGCUGACACUGUCGCUCUUUGUGUCUCAAUCAUGUGUGCUUUGAGCGGCCAGUUUUUGCUAUGCAAUCGUGACAAUGUACAUUUCUUGAACAAACAAACAAACAAACGAACGAAAAACAGAA